ACCACAUUAUAUCGAGAUAUGAAUUUCUAAUCAACAGAAACAAAUUCCUCUGAUUCCGCAUUGGCAGAGCGGGGAAUCGAACUUGGACUACCGACUCGGUAGGCGAGCACGUAAACCACUCGUGCAACGAGGAACCAUUUUGCAAGUAACCGAUACCACCAAAACAGCCAAGAGCAUAAACAAAAUUCUACUUUAACUCAGGCGUUCCUUGCUAAGUAUCUUUGAAAGACAGAAGCUUUCAAAAAGACUACAUCUCCUUUAUCUUAGAAACUACAUUUCUUCUGCCUUUUCAGCUACCACUGCGUCAUGGCUACUUACAUUUCCUUCUCCAAAAUCACCGGAGUCCUGAUGCUCAUGAUGAUUGCUCAGAUUGUGUCAUCUGCACAUGCCCAGAUUGGCAAGAUACCCAGUCUACAAGCUGAUGCUAUGGAAGCUAAACAUUUAGGCCUAGUAGUGGGCCAACUGUUGGCGGAGAACUUAGUCGAGUGCUACGUGGUGGCGAUUCUAUCCGGCAAAGAGAGUUCCUUUCAGAGAAGUCUUAGAGAAGUCCUCCACGACAGUGCAAGCAAGGGGGUGGUCUACCUGGAUGGCAAACACCUGAGUGACAACGAUCAAAGGCCCUUUGCUGCCAAGGCCUUGGAUACCUUGAAGCCCCGAUUUACCUGUCGUGCCAUUGUGCUGGAUGUUCUAGCUAGUGCCUUAACGGAAGACAUAUUCAGGUUCCUGGAAGAUGUAAAGCUCUACCUCCAUCCGGACACUUACAUCGUCUUGGCCGGCAGUCGCGACAAAUUGACUGAGCUGAUCUUACAGAAUACAUUCCGUAAUACUGUCAAUAUUCUGUACCUCGGAAUUGGAGAAGAAGUCAUUUUCGAUUCGCAAAAUAUUCGCCAGGAAAACAACAAAAGUAAGGUAGUUGAGGUGUUCACAAGGUGCUUCUACUGCGAUGGAGGAGAAGCCAAAGUCUACUCUCUCGGGAUUUGGAAUCCAAGGGCCUCGCCUCAUAUUGAGGCUCAACUGUUUAAAGGCGAGGAGGAAAGUGAUCACCGAAUAAAUGUAUAA